AUGUUGCUUCUGUUUUCUCUUCUGUUCAUCGGUUCACUCGCUGAGUGUACUUUUGAAAAAGAUGCCACCAAUUCCAACUGUUAUAAAGCAGUUGACCCAACUCAAUGUUAUGGUACCUUAGAAGUCCCCUCUGAUGUAAAUACGAUUUGCACCAAUGGAUUUUUGAAUUCGCGGAUUUCUGCAGUAAAAUUCGCAACAACUUCCCAGGUAACAAUUGGAGAAGCUGGUUUUAAAAAUUCUCCUUCAUUGCAUUCCAUAACUGCAUCUGCUGGAAUUAAAGAAAUUGGAAAUGAGUCUUUUAGUGGCUGUUUUGCUCUUGAAACUUUACCAGAAACCAUUUCUUGGACCAAAAUUGGAAGUAAAGCAUUUUACCAAUGUUAUUCCCUUGGGGAGUUUACUUUAGGAAAUAAACUGACUCAAGUUGGUGAAAUGGCGUUUAGUGAAAGUGGAGUAGUCUCUGUAAACUUACCCAGUUGCACAUUUGGGAAGGGGGCAUUUUUAAAUUGCCAAAAAUUAACAACAGUGACUUUAACAGCUCAUAAAGUACUUGAAGAGAGUCUUUUUGAAAAUUGUAUCAACUUAGAAACACUCUCUGGAAUUGACCAAGUCACUUCUAUUGGAAAGAAAUCACUUGCUGGGUGCCUUUCAAUAAGAAAUUUCACUUUCAAAAAUACAGUGACUUAUGGUGAAUAUGCUUUGAGUGGUUCUGGUCUUGAAAAACUGACUCUAAGUUCCACAACAAUUAAUUUGUCAGUCGGUCUCUUUGCCAAUUGUGUCCACUUAAGAACAGUUGCUCUUGGCGAUAUCACAACUCUUCCAGCAGAACUAUUUUUAGGGUGCAAGAAGCUUGUUGUUGUGUCAACUACUAAUGGAUUGACUUCAAUCGGAAAAGCCGCAUUUAAAGACUGCAAAGCACUCUUUGGAAUACCAAUGACAAACACCAUCACUACACUUGGAGAUAACGCGUUUGAAAAUACCAAUUUUAGAACAUUCAAGUUAAAUGCACAAAUGACGACUAUUGGUAAUUACGUAUUCAAAAAUUGCAAAUACCUUGAAACGAUUGAUUUAAAUGGUAUAUUAAAUAUAUCUGAAGGGAUGUUUGUUGGAUGUGAACGACUGAAAACGAUCAAAGGCAUUGAGAAAGUCACUACAUUUGGAAAAUACGCACUUUCUACACUUAAUUUUGAUAAUUUUGUACUUCCAAGUGGUUCGACAAUUGCUGAAGGUGUUUUUAAAGACUGCAAAAAGCUCAAAACAGUUACUAUAACAGGACACACAACACUUCCUGAUAACUUUUUUGAUGGGUGUGAAUUACUUACAUCAAUAACUGGAUUUGAUUCCAUUACUUCUUUUGGGAGUUAUUCAAUGAGAAACACUGGAUAUCAUAAUAUUCAAUUAAAAAGUGCUGUUACUUAUAACAAAGGCACUUUUUCUAAUUGUUUGUCUUUAAAAAGUGUAACACUCGAAGAAGGUGUUAUUUCAAUUCCCGAAGAAAUGUUUAAAGACAGUGUAAAUUUGGCUUCUUUUAAUUCCUUUGACAAAAUCACGACAUUUGGAAAUCAUUCCUUUUCAAAUACUUUAGUUUCUACAGUGGUGUUAAAAUCAGACGGAUCAAUUACUAUGGGAACGGGUGUUUUCAUGAAUUGUGUGGAACUUAAUUCGUUUACACUUGGCAGUUUAACAAUACUCAAUGACUUUAUGUUUAGUGGUUGCAAGAAGUUAACAACAGUGAAUGGAAUUGAAAAGGUGACUUCGAUAGGAAUGUCGUCUUUUGAAAAUUCAGGAAUUACUAAUUUGAUUGUUUCAACUGCUUUAACAACAAUCAAAGAAGCCGCUUUUAAAGGAAGUGCACUGGUUUCAGUGACAUUGACUUCUUCAGUACAAUUGAUUGGAAAGGCACAAUUUGCUGAAUGUAAACAAUUGGAAACAGUGACAUUAAAUGGAUUCACUCAAUUAACCGAAGAAAUGUUUUCUGAUUGUACUUCCCUUGAUAUUUCUUCUCAGAUUGAUGCUAUUACUUCAUUUGGAAAAAAUUCAAUGCAAAACACCAAAUUGUCUUCGUUCACAUUUAAAUCAACAAGCGUCACUUAUGCAACUCCUUUUAUUUCGAAUUGUAAAUAUUUAAUUACUGUUGAUUUAAAAGAAAAGACUGAACUUGAAGACUAUAUGUUCAGUGGAUGUACAUCACUUACAAAUAUCACAGGUCUCGAUAAAGUGGUUAAAUAUGGAAAUUACUCAUUAAGUGGUACAUCACUUAGAGAAGUUUCUUUAGUCACAGGAAAGACAUAUGGAGAUGGAGUAUUUGCACAAAAUACACAAUUAGAAAUAGUACACGUCUUGACUAAUUUUGUGACUCUUCCCGACUAUACAUUUGCUGGUUGUACUUCUUUAGCCAACUUAGAAAAUGUUGAUCAAAUCACUACAUUUGGUAAAUUUUCGUUGAGUGGGACCAAAUUUGUUUCAUUUACCAUGUCGACCUCAAAGAAAUAUGGAGAUGGACUUUUUAAAGACGCAAAAAGUUUAGCGACUCUAGAUUUUGGAAAUAUUACUGAAGUACCAAAUGACUUUGUUUCAGGAUGCGAGUCUCUUGUGACAUUGAAAAACACGUCCAAAAUUUUAGUAAUCAACAAAAAUGCCUUCAAAAAUUGUAAGAAGUUAGGUGAUAGUGGUUUAUCUUUUUUAAAUAGCGUCAUGUACUUUGGAGAGUAUAGUUUAAGUGGAACAGCCUUAAGAACAGUGCAUUUGAAAACUGAUUCUAUCGUCAAUGAAGGUCUUUUUGAAUCAUGCAGUGUAUUAAAUUAUGUUGAAAUGAACAAUGUAGCAUUCCCAAGUAAAAUAUUCAAAAAUUGUGUUUCACUCUCUGGUGUUGUGCAGUCCAAUAAAGUCGCUUUUGUUGGCGAUGAGGCGUAUCAAAAUGUUCCAUUUGAAGACGUCACUUUAAUAACAAGAACGAUCUAUGGAAGAGCCGUAUAUUCUGGAUGUACACGAUUGCAGCAUGUUACCAAUGAAGGACUGACUAAUAUUGCAGAUGAGAUGUUCAAAGAUUGUGUACUGUUAAGUUCACAUGAAGGUGCAGAUAAAGUGACUUAUUAUGGUGAUUACUCAUUUAUGCAUUGUGGGUUGUCCGACGUCUCUUUAAAUCCAAAAAGUUUAUAUGGGGUCGGUGUCUUCUCUCAAAACCCAAAACUCUCCACUCUCAAAUUAAAAAGUGUUGAAUAUGUUGGAGAAGAAUUAUUUGAAGGUUGUGGACGUAUAUCUUCAUUUAGUGGUCUUUCCACUAUUAAGUAUUUAUACACAAAAAGUUUCUAUGAAUGUUCAUCAAUGAUUAGAAUUGAUUUAAAUAUUAUCAUCUCGAUGUCUGAAAACGUAUUUUCGAAUUCGCUUGUGUCUGUUACUUCGACUCAAACACAUUCACCACUUUCGACGAUUGAUUCGUUCGCGUCUAACACUAAAGUUUAUGUCACAAAUGAUUAUAAUGAUCUCUACUUCGCUAAUAUUUUUGUUGGACAAACAGCUAUGAGCUGCACGCAAUUGCAAUACUUCGACGUCGCCACACAAAGUUGCAGAGCCUGUGAUGGAACAUAUUACAGUCUUGGUGGUUUUUCCACUUCUUGUGAUUAUGAUCAGACUAAUUGUCUUAGGACUAAUGCAAAUUGCUCACUUUGUAUCGGUUCAACAUGCCAACAAUGUAAACCGACUUUCUAUUUAGAGAGUGGCGUCUGUAAAACAGUUGAUUGUGGCAGUGGUAUUUAUUAUGAAGGGAAAUGUGUGCCAAUUUGUAAAUCAAAUGAAGAACUCGUCAAUUAUGUUUGCACUCCAAAAUGCACAACAACACAAGAAAGAAUAGAUGGUGUGUGUUAUACCAAAUGUGCUCUCAAUGAAGAGAGAGUGGGAACUACUUGUAAGACGCCUUGUGGUAUUGAUCAAAUAAGAUAUACAGACGAUACUUGUGGUGAUAAAUGUCCAGUUACACAAGAAAUAGUCAGUAGUGCUUGUGUUGAUAAAUGUGAAGCAACUAAAGAAAGAAUAAAUGGCACCUGUGUUGAAAAGUGUUCAAAUACUCAAGAAAGAAUCAAUGGAAUAUGUCAACUCAAAUGCGCUGAUGGAAAGGAAUUAUAUAACAAUAAUUGUGUCGAUCUCUGUAAAACUUAUUUCACAAGAAAUGAGAGUGGACUUUGUGAACAACACUGUCCCACUGGGUGGAUUGUGCAAGGAGAUAAAUGCCUUGAACAUUGUGAUGACACUGAGGACAGAAUUGGAGAUGUUUGUAUGAAGAAGUGUGAUGCCACCACACAAAUUAGAGAUGAUACUUCUCAUUUAUGUGUAUGUAAAUCAGAUUAUGAGUUGAUAGCUGGUAAAUGCUUGAAAAAGUGUGAUCCAACGACACAAGAUAGAUAUGAAGAUCAAUGCAAGACGAAAUGUAUAGAAAAUGAAGUGAGAAAUAGCGACACUGGAAUAUGUGAAUGCAAAGGGAGUUAUGAAACAGUAAAUGAAAAGUGUUUGUUAAAAUGUGACCCAUUUACAACUGAACGAUAUGGCGAAGAGUGUAAAACGCUUUGCAAAGUUAACGAACAUAGAAAUAUGGAGACUGGAAAUUGUGAAUGUGAUUCUGCAUAUGAAUACAUUUCAAAUGUUUGCACAUUAAAAUGUGAUCCUUAUACACAAACUCGAGAUGAAAAUACAAAGGAGUGUAUCUGCAAUUCUAAUUACGACUCGAUCAAUGGAAAAUGCUUAGCUAAAUGCAAUCCACUUACCGAAGACAGAUUUAAUGAAGAAUGUAAGACAAAAUGCAUCGAAAACUCACAUAGAAAUACUAACACUGGAGAAUGUGAUUGUGAUUUUAACUUUGAAAAAUACAAUGGAAAGUGCUUAACAAAAUGCGACUCACAAACGGAAGACAGAGUCGGCGAGACUUGUAAACCAAAAUGUGUUGCAAAUGCGCAUCGAAAUCAAUUGACAACGGAGUGCGAAUGUGAUACAAAUUAUGAUUUGGUCAAUGAAAAGUGUUUAUAUCAAUGUUUGACGACUGAAGAGAGAGUUGGGGAGGUUUGCAUGACGAAGUGCAAAGAGCACGAAGAACGCAAUUUGCAAACAAAUGUCUGUCAGUGUAUAACUGGCUAUGAAAUAUUCAAUAACAAGUGCGCAUUGAUUUGUGAUCCAAAUGAACAACAACGCGACGAAACCACUGGAAAUUGUUUAUGUAAAAAUGGCAAAGAAGCUGUUGGUACAAAGUGUUUAGACCCGUGUACAGGAGACACUGAAAGAGUUGGCGAAGACUGUCUUGCAAAAUGCAAAGAAAAUGAAGUUAGAAAAGACCGAGUCUGUGUAUGCAAAGAUGGGUACGAGUUCUAUGAGUCUGUUUGUCUAUUAAAGUGUAAGAAAAAUCAAGAGAGAAAUCCAACUACCAAAAAGUGUGAAUAUAAUUGUGGUGAAGGGACAGAACCCGUUGGAGAAGAAUGUCUUCCUGUAUGUGAAAAGGGAUAUGAAAGACAAAACGGGCAAUGCACGCGAGUUGUUUGUGACCAAGGAAAAGUAUGGGAAAACGGGGAAUGCGUUGAUGUUAAAUGUGACGAAGGACAAUAUUUAGAAGAAGGAGUUUGUAAGUACUGUAAAGUGGUAUAUCCAAAUGAUUGUACUACAGAUGAAUGCAUACAAUGUAAGAAUUCUUCAAAUUACUCAAUUGGUGUGACAAUACUUUUGGUGAUAGUAACUUUAUUGUCACUCUAA